GUCUCUAUUUUGAAGCCCACCAAACACUCCCUUAACUCCAACAUCCUCAACUCAACUUCAUCUUACAAAUAAUUAACCUUUCCAAUUAAUUUGUUGUAAAACUAAAAUAAAAAGCAUUCUCAGAAACAUGGUCUUCCCAACACCAACCUCUUCCUUUCUUCCUUAAUUGGUGUGUGAGUUUAGGGAGCCCAAAUGUCUGUUGCGGAGCUCAAGGAGCGUCACUCCGCUGCCAUCGACACCGUCAACAGUCUCAGACACCGAUUGAAGCAGAAGCGUCUUUCUUUGCUCGACACAGAUAUCUGUGAGUAUGCGAGGUCUCAGGGUAGAACACCUGUGACCUUUGGACCUACGGAUCUGGUUUGCUGUAGAACCUUGCAGGGUCACACGGGCAAGGUGUAUUCAUUAGAUUGGACUUCUGAAAAAAGUCAGAUUGUUAGUGCAUCUCAAGAUGGGCGAUUAAUAGUUUGGAAUGCUCUAACGCGGCAGAAAAUCCAUGCCAUAAAGCUUCCUUGUGCAUGGGUCAUGACAUGUGCUUUUUCGCCAACCGGUCAGUCUGUUGCAUGUGGUGGUCUUGACAGUGUUUGUUCUAUUUUCCAUCUUAAUUCACCCACUGACAAAGAUGGGAAUCUACCUGUUUCCCGGAUGCUUAGUGGACAUAAGGGUUAUGUUUCCUCUUGUCAGUAUGUUCCGGAUGAAGAUACUCAUUUAAUUACUGGUUCUGGUGAUCAGACAUGUGUUUUAUGGGAUAUAACUACUGGCCUUAAAACAUCUGUCUUUGGAGGAGAGUUCCAGUCUGGACACACUGCAGAUGUAUACAGUAUCUCCAUUAAUGCAUCCAACUCAAGAAUGUUUGUAUCUGGUUCUUGCGAUGCAACGGCUCGAUUGUGGGAUACCCGCGUGGCAAGUCGAGCAGUGCGGACAUUUCAUGGGCAUGAGGGAGAUGUUAAUGCAGUUAAAUUCUUUCCGGAUGGAAAUAGAUUUGGAACUGGCUCGGAUGAUGGUACCUGCAGAUUGUUUGACAUUAGGACUGGACACCAACUUCAAGUAUACUAUCAGCAGCACAGUGACAAUGACAUUCCGCCUGUGACUUCCAUUGCAUUCUCUGCAUCAGGAAGACUUCUUUUUGCUGGAUACACAAAUGGAGAUUGCUAUGUUUGGGACACUUUACUGGCAAAGGUGGUCUUGAAUUUAGGAUCUCUCCAAGACUCUCAUGACGACAGGAUCAGCUGUUUAGGUUUGUCAGCUGAUGGAAGUGCUUUGUGUACAGGAAGUUGGGACACAAACUUAAAGAUAUGGGCUUUUGGAGGGCAUAGGAAGACAACUUAAGAGCAUUGAGGGGAUGAUGAAAUUGAAGAUGAAGUCAUAUAACCCUUCAUUUUAGGCUUGCAAAUAGUGCAGCUGUUUGUUUAUGCUCAUAUCUGUUUGUUCACGUGUGAUCUAAAUAGUACUUUUUCCAUUGUACUACCCGCUUCGGUAACUAUACCUUAAACCAAAAUGAAGGACUGUUUGUUUUCUAGUCUCA